CUCUAGGUAAACAAAUGACGUUUGUGGCAGCGACUGCGUCGCUAUAAAUGCACCCUACUACUUCUAUAUUCUCAUUAUUGUUCAUAAUGUUCUUGAAUGCUCUUUAAAAUACUAAACGUUAGAAAGAAAGUUUUUUAUAUUCAACAUGUCAAAACACGCACAUAUUCUACAUGGAAAAGGAGAAUUGGUGGCAGAAUUUAAUUUUUCGGUGGGGCAAUUAUUACUGAGACAACUUACGACACAUGAUACUCGCAUAGCGCAAAUAGAUGCUCAUACAGGCAAGGAACAAACGUUUAAAUAUAUUUUAGACACUAGUCGAAAAUUGGCAAUCUAUCUCCAGAAAGAAGGGUUGACGGUAAACGAUGGUAUAGCUAUAUGUAGUGAAAACAAUCUAGAUUUCUGUAUUCCAGUAUGUGCCACAUUUUAUCUGGGUGCCAUUGUCUGUCCAUUAAACCCAUUAUAUUCUAAAGGAGAAUUAAAACAUGCGCUUACUAUUAUUAAACCAAAGUACAUUUUUAUUUCUGUGAUAGCACUUAAUAACAUGAUAAGUAUAUUCAAAGAGUUGCAUUGGUUCCCAAGAGUGUUAUUGCUAAACAAUUAUGAUAAUAUUGAUAUACCAUGGAUGAGCAUGGAUAAAGCAAUAUCAAAUGUCUCUGAUGAUAAUAUAGAUAAAUUCCAAGCUGUUCCUGUUGAUAUAAAUAAUCAUGUAACAGCAAUUUUAUGCUCAAGUGGAACUACAGGAUUACCGAAAGGUGUUAUGUGGACAGACAAAAAUAUUACUACAAUCAUACGUAUGUACAUUAAUCAUCCAUUUGUUGCAAAUGCCAUGUCUUUGGCGUUGCUCCCAUUUUUCCAUGCAUAUUCGUUCGUCUUAUUGGUGAUCAGAUUGAUAGGUGGAAAUAGUAGUGUAGUAUUUUCACGCUUUGAAGAGAAAUUAUUUUUACAAUCGAUAGAAAAAUAUAAAAUACAAUAUUUAACAGUAGUACCACCAAUUAUGGUAUUCCUGGCUAAACAUCCACUUGUGGACAAAUAUGAUUUAUCUUCUAUUAGAAAAAUAUGGUGUGGAGCUGCCCCAUUAUCAGAGAAAAUUGAGAAAGCUGUCGUCAAGCGAUUAAAUAUACCUGAAAUUUCACAGGGCUAUGGUCUAACAGAAACUACUUUAGCUGUGCUACGUUUUCCACAAGAUACAGCAUUAAAAUUUGGUAGUGUCGGCAUGUUAGUUCCAGGUGUAUCAGCAAAGGUAAUACCACUUGGAGAAUAUGAGACAGAUGAAACUUUAGGCCCUAAUUGUGAAGGAGAGUUAUGUUUCAAGGGAGAUCUAAUAAUGAAAGGCUAUUAUAAUGAUGAAAAAUCCACCAGAGCGACAAUUGAUAAGGAUGGUUGGUUGCACACAGGAGAUGUGGGAUAUUAUGAUGAAGAAGGAUAUUUUUUUAUUGUCGAUCGUAUAAAAGAACUUAUCAAAUAUAAAGGCUAUCAGGUCCCACCAGCUGAACUAGAAGCGAUUUUAUUAACUUAUUCUGGCAUAAAAGAUGCGGCUGUAAUUGGUAUUCCGAAUGAAGAAGCUGGAGAACUACCAAUGGCAUUUAUUGUCAAAGAAGAGAAUGCCAAUAUACGCGAGGAAGAUAUAAUUCAAUAUGUGAAUGAACGCGUGUCAAAUCCUAAGCGACUUAGGGGCGGCAUAAAAUUUGUGGAUAGCAUUCCAAAAACUCCAUCUGGUAAAAUAUUACGUCGAGUAUUACGCCGUACAUUAAAAUCAAAACUAUAAACUUGAUAAAUGUCAGUAUUAUAUAUUUAUUUUAAUUUUGAAUCUCUCUCUCUCUCUUUAUGAAGAUUUUUAUAA